UCCAGGAAUCUGUUGACCGAGUCAGUGACGCAAUAUCGCAUCACUCACAGCAGCGGUGACGCACGAGUGCGUAACUGCCAUUGACGUUAUAGUUCCCCCUCCCCGCAAUUUUCUUAUAUUUCCACCUCUGCCCUCCACUAUUCCCUCCCUCCCCUCGCUGGUCACAAUCUCUCUCUCUCUCUCUCUCUCUCUCUCUCUCUCUCUCUCUCUCUCUGAAUAUCAUGCACCAAGCAAUCCCAUAUAAGAGUUGGAUCACUGCCGGCACACGUGACUCACGUGAUCUGCCAGUCGCCGGAGGGAUCCAAGAAGCCAACGGCGGGGAUCCAUCCAAAGCCAUCAGAAUGGUUUCGGAGAACGCAGUGAUAAUUAUUGGUAGACGUGGUUGUUGCAUGUGCCACGUUGUCAAAAGGUUGUUACAAGGUUUAGGAGUCAACCCUCCUGUCUACGAGGUCGAUGACGACCAUGAACCUGCCCUCGCCGCCCACCUGUCCACCCAGCCUGGCUGCGGCGUCGAAGCUCUGCAGUUUCCGGCGGUGUUCGUCGGUGGGAAAUUGUUCGGAGGGUUGGAAAGAGUCAUGGCCACUCAUAUCUCAGGUGAAUUGGUUCCUAUACUAAAGGAUGCUGGUGCCUUGUGGCUUUGACCAUCUGAUUUUUAUUUUUAUUUUUUAUUUUUGAAUUUCUCCGUCCGAUAAUGUUCUUAUAAACUAAUCCGGAUCCCUUCUAAAAGAUGAUAACGAAGAGGAUCGAAAACAUGCUCUCAGCUAAGAGCUGAUUGCUCAUUGUAUGGUUAGUUUCAACAUAUGUUGCUUUUUUUAUUUUCUCUCCUUAAAAGAGGAAUUAAAUGUAGUUCUUAGUUUCCUCUUUUUUCUUCUUCUUAUAAUAAAUCUCUCUUCUUAUGUUGAAAAGCCAGAAAGAGAGAUUUUGUACAUUAUGUUUCAAUUAGUCUAUGAGGACAAGUUUGUCUUGGAUCCGAAAAAUCUCUUGGAAAACGAUGUUCUAAUUAUGCUUGGAGAUUUAGAAAGUCUCAGGUUAUGGUUGUUAGAGGAAACCAGACAAAGUCAAGGAUUCCCGUAUUUGUAUAGAAAAUCCACAUGGUUCUUCGAGGUAAUUAGUUACCAAUGUGUGAAAAUUUAUCCUUUGAGAACUUUUAUUCAA